GUGUUGUUGUAGAUCAAAAUUGGAAGUUCAUUUUCCAAGAAGCAAAAGGGAAACUUCUCUCUUUAGUUUCAUACAUGAUGACUUGGUAAUAGAUUCAUCAAAUCUUCAAUGGCUCCAGAAAAAUUUCUCUGGUUUAUUAUUACACUUUCUUCUCUAAUUCUACUUCUCACUAAAGUUCCUUCAGUUCUAGCUGGUGACAUAGUUCAUGAUGAUUCAACUCCUAAGAAACCCGGUUGUGAGAAUCAGUUUGUUUUGGUGAAAGUGCAAACCUGGGUCAACGGUGUAGAGGAUGCAGAAUUUGUUGGCGUGGGUGCAAGAUUUGGCAGAACAAUCGUGUCUAAGGAGAAAAAUGCUCGACAGACACGGCUUGUUCUUUCAGAUCCUCGAGAUUGUUGCAGCCCUCCAAUGAAUAAGAUUGUUGGAGAUGUCAUCAUGGUGGAUCGAGGCAACUGCACAUUCACAAAAAAGGCAAAUUCUGCACAAAAUGCUAAUGCUUCGGCUAUCCUCAUCAUAAAUAACCAGAAAGAGCUUUACAAGAUGGUUUGUGAUCCUGAUGAAACUGAUUUAAGCAUACACAUACCUGCUGUUAUGCUCCCACUAGACGCAGGCACAAAACUGGAAAACAUGCUGAAGAGUACUUCAUCUGUGUCGGUUCAGCUAUACUCCCCACAACGACCAACCGUUGACAUAGCCGAAGUGUUUCUUUGGCUGAUGGCUGUUCUCACCAUAUUGUGUGCAUCAUAUUGGUCAGCGUGGAGGGCCCGAGAAGCAGCUGUUGAAUAUGAUAAGUUAUUAAGGGAUGUUUCAGAUGAAAUCUCAAACACUAAAGAUGUGGCCGUCAGUGGAGUUGUAAAUAUGAAUGCAAAAGCUGCAGUUCUUUUUGUUUUAGUUGCUUCGUGCUUCCUGUUUAUGCUUUACAAAUUGAUGUCGCCGUGGUUCAUUGAUGUUUUGGUUGUUCUCUUCUGUAUUGGUGGGAUAGAGGGAUUGCAAACUUGCUUGGUUGCACUUUUGUCAAGGUGGUUCAAGCAUGCUAGCGAAUCAUACGUUAAAUUGCCCUUCGUAGGAGCUAUCUCAUACCUGACUUUGGCUGUUACUCCAUUCUGUAUAACAUUUGCCGUUUUUUGGGCAGUUUAUCGAGACAAAUCAUUUUCCUGGAUUGGUCAAGAUAUACUUGGAAUUACGCUGAUUAUUACAGUUCUGCAGAUCGUACAUGUGUCUAAUCUCAAGGUUGGUACAGUUCUUCUCAGUUGUUCCCUCCUUUACGACUUAUUUUGGGUGUUCGUGUCGAAGAAGUUUUUCAAGGAAAGCGUGAUGAUUGUGGUAGCCCGAGGUGAUAGAAGUGGAGAAGAUGGUAUUCCAAUGUUACUAAAGUUUCCGCGCAUUUUGGACCCAUGGGGUGGUUAUAGUAUUAUCGGUUUUGGAGACAUCCUUUUACCUGGAAUGCUGGUCGCGUUCUCACUCAGGUAUGAUUGGCUGGCAAAGAAGACCCUUGUAAGUGGAUACUUUUUGUGGGCAAUGUUAGCAUAUGGCUUUGGUCUUCUAAUCACUUACGUGGCGCUAAACUUGAUGGACGGGCACGGACAACCAGCACUGCUAUACAUUGUUCCAUUUACUCUAGGGACCAUUAUUGCAUUGGCACAAAAGCGAGGAGAACUAAAGAUUUUGUGGAAGAGUGGCGAACCAGAAAGAUUCUGCCCUCAUAUCAGACUCCAUAACAGUGGAGAAUCAAGCCCCGAAUGAUAUUGUCACUUCAACCUAUUUUGAUAUGUUCUGUCUAUGUAAAUACAUGGCUGGUCUUUUGAGACACGAAAACAACACUUUCAAAGGCUUAGCAGAAUUUUAUGAAAUAGUUUAGAUUCAAUAUAAUGUCUAUUCAGAAAGUUCUACAAAUCGAUAAUUACUGUGAAACGUGCAGCAGCGGGGUUUAGUCUCAGUGUUUUUACUCUUGAUUUUUUUUUUUUGAAACGGACUCUUGAUUAAAUAUCAAUUUGUAAAAUUAAGUUUAAUUAAAAGAAUUUGCUCCAACAUAA